AACUCAUUUGCCGGUUAUGCCGGUUAUUUCCCUGAUUAUAUGAUCAAUUUAUUAAGAAAAAACCCUCAAGUUGCUUUCAUUGAAAAAGAUUCUAAAGUGUUUGCAAAUGAAUUUGACAUUCAAAAUGGCUCCCCAUGGGGAUUAGCAAGAAUUUCUCACAGGGAAAGAUUGACUUUAGGUACAUUCAACAAAUAUCUUUAUGACAACGAAGGUGGUGAAGGUGUUACCGCUUAUGUUAUUGAUACUGGAGUUUCUGUCACGCACAAACAGUUUGAAGGUAGAGCCCAAUGGGGUAAAACAAUUCCAUUAAAUGAUGCUGACAUUGAUGGAAAUGGUCAUGGUACUCAUUGUGCCGGUACAAUUGGUUCUAAAGAUUACGGUGUUGCCAAAAAAGCCAAAAUUGUUGCUGUCAAAGUUCUUAAGUCUAAUGGUUCUGGUACAAUGUCUGAUGUUAUCAAAGGUGUUGAAUUCGCUGCGAACUCACACAUCGCUGAUUCCAAGGCAGGCAAGAAGGGUUUCAAGGGUUCAACUGCCAACAUGUCUCUUGGUGGUGGUAAGUCCCCUGCUUUAGACUUGGCUGUCAAUGCUUCUGUUAAAGCUGGAUUGCAUUUUGCUGUUGCAGCUGGUAACGAAAACCAAGAUGCUUGUAACACCUCUCCAGCAGCUGCAGAAAAUGCUAUUACUGUUGGUGCUUCUACUUUGGGCGAUACAAGAGCUUAUUUUUCCAACUAUGGAAAAUGUGUUGAUAUUUUUGCUCCUGGUCUUAAUGUUUUAUCUACUUAUAUUGGCAGCGAUGAAUCAACAGCCACCUUAUCUGGCACUUCUAUGGCUUCUCCACAUAUUUGCGGUUUAUUGACUUACUUCUUAUCCUUAUAUCCAGACUCUGAUUCUGGUUUCUCUGCUGCCUCAUCUAUCACUCCUGCUCAAUUGAAGAAGAAUUUGAUUUCUUAUGGCACUGAUGGCAUAUUAUCUGACAUUCCAGAUGCUGAAACACCUAAUGUACUUGCUUUCAAUGGUGCUGGUGGUAACUUGACUCAAUUCUGGUCUACUGGCUCUUCAUCAAAAGUUUCAAAUUCCGAUUUUAAAAUCACUCAAGAAUUUGAAACCAAACUUGAUUCUUUUGUUCAAAACUUGGAAAAUAAAUUGGAAGGAAAAGCAAAAGAAAUUGAACAAUUAAUUAAUGACUUA